AUGGGGAAGAAGAGCAAGAGAACUCCAGACGAGGCUGAGCUGGAAUCGGAGCUAGACCUGAAGACAAGAGUAGACGGAGACUCUAAAAAGAAGAAGCAGAAGAAGAAGAGAAGCCAUGGCGAUCCGGAGAUGGAACCGGAGCAAAAGAUGAGCCUCGACGGAGACGUGAAGAAGGAGAAGAAGAAGAAAAAGAAGAGCAAAAGCCAAGAUGAGGAGGUUGAGCUUGAGCCGGAGCAAAUUAAAACCCAAGAGGAAGUAAAGCAAAAUGUAGAAGAAAAGAAAAACGACGAGAGACCCACUGUUAGUAUAGCAAUAGCUGGUUCCAUCAUCCACAACACUCAAUCACUCGAGCUCGCCUCACGCCUCGCCGGCCAAAUUUCUCGUGCCGCCACAAUUUUCCGAAUCGACGAGAUUGUAGUGUUCGACAAUAAGAGCAGCUCAGAAAUCGACGCUGAUAGCAGUGAAAGUGGUGCCUCGUUUCUGGUUCGUAUCUUGAAGUAUCUAGAGACACCACAAUAUUUGAGGAAAUCUCUCUUCCCCAAGCAAAACGAUCUUAGAUAUGUGGGUAUGUUGCCACCUGUUGAUGCUCCUCACCAUCUGCGUAAGCACGAGUGGGAACAAUACCGUGAAGGUGUGACUCUGAAUGAAAAGGCUCCAAUAUCUGAGGGUACAAUGGUUGAUGUGGGCUUAAGCAAGAGUGUUGUUGUUGAUCAAGUGCUUAGUCCAGGAGUUAGAGUCACGGUAGCCAUGGGAACCAACCGCGAUUUAGAUUUGGUACGCCAGAUUGUUCCGUCCUCUAAGCCAAGGGAAGAAGCGGGAAUGUAUUGGGGAUACAAAGUACGAUAUGCAUCACACUUGAGUUCAGUAUUCAAAGAAUGCCCUUUCGAGGGUGGUUACGAUUAUUUGAUUGGUACCUCGGAGCACGGCCUGGUGAUCAGUUCAUCAGAGCUGAAAAUACCAACAUUUAGGCACCUAUUGAUUGCAUUUGGUGGACUUGCUGGGCUUGAAGAAAGUGUUGAAGAAGAUAAUCAGUAUAAGGGCAAAAACGUUCGAGAAGCGUUUGAUAUAUACUUGAAUACUUGUCCACAUCAAGGGAGCCGAACCAUUCGAACAGAGGAAGCGAUGUUUAUAUCACUUCAGUACUUCCAAGAACCCAUUGACAGGGCAGUGAAAAGACUUGAUUGA